GUGGCCGUCCUGGUAAUGCCUUGGAAGGCGGUGUCGGAAGUGGCAGGCUACUGGCUUUUUGGUGCUUUCUGUGACACCUGGAUAGCUUUCGACAUCAUGUGCUCCACCGCCUCCAUCCUCAACCUUUGUAUCAUCAGUAUGGACAGAUACUGGGCAAUAUCCAGUCCAUUCAGAUACGAGCGUAAAAUGACCCAAAGAUUCGCUUUCGUGAUGAUUGGGGUGGCCUGGACGCUGUCUAUUUUGAUUUCAUUCAUUCCAGUUCAAUUGAACUGGCACAAGGCAGAGGCAGAAAACUCAACGCAGGACAACCCAGAUAAGAUGGAAGAGUGCAACGCAAGCCUGAACAGGACGUAUGCUAUAUCCUCUUCACUAAUAAGUUUUUACAUCCCCGUGGUGAUCAUGGUGGGAACGUACACACGCAUUUACAGAAUUGCGCAGACCCAGAUUCGACGGAUAUCCUCUUUGGAGAGGGCGGUGGAACACGCGCAGAACCAGCAACACACUAAUGACGAAAACUCAUUAAAAACGUCGUUCAAAAAAGAAACCAAAGUUUUAAAAACACUUUCUAUCAUAAUGGGAGUGUUUGUGUUUUGUUGGUUGCCAUUUUUUGUUCUGAAUUGCAUGGUACCUUUCUGUGAUAUGAACAAACUUGGGGACCCGCUGUGCGUUAGCAACACCACCUUUAACAUUUUCGUCUGGUUCGGGUGGGCCAAUUCGUCUUUGAACCCAGUGAUUUACGCUUUCAAUGCUGAUUUCAGGAAAGCGUUUUCGACGAUUCUUGGUUGUAAUAGGUAUUGUUCUACGUCUACGGUCGAGGCUGUUGACUUCAGCAACGAGUUAGUAUCGUACCACCAUGACACCACACUCCAGAAAGACGCAACCGUCACCACGGCUCAGCGCCCCAUCAUUGUCACUCACAAUGGGGAGGAUUUGGACAUGCCGUUCGACAAAGUCUCAGUCCUCUCCGGUGUUUCACGGAACCAAAGAAACCUUCACCUCCCUGCCAUACUUCAAUUCGAGUGUGAAGCAGAGAUAUCCUUAGAUAUGAUGCCCUUCACGUCCAGUCACAACGACGGCUAUGCCAUCCCAGGUCAAACUGAAGAUGUGUGCAACUAA